AUGCCCUCUUCCUCUGCACUCAGCCCUCUUCCUCUGCACUCAGCCCUCUUCCUCUGCACUCAGCCCUCUUCCUCUGCACUCAGCCCUCUUCCUCUGCACUCAGCCCUCUUCCUCUGCACUCAGCCCUCUUCCUCUGCACUCAGCCCUCUUCCUCUGCACUCAGCCCUCUUCCUCUGCACUCAGCCCUCUUCCUCUGCACUCAGCCCUCUUCCUCUGCACUCAGCCCUCUUCCUCUGCACUCAGCCCUCUUCCUCUGCACUCAGCCCUCUUCCUCUGCACUCAGCCCUCUUCCUCUGCACUCAGCCCUCUUCCUCUGCACUCAGCCCUCUUCCUCUGCACUCAGCCCUCUUCCUCUGCACUCAGCCCUCUUCCUCUGCACUCAGCCCUCUUCCUCUGCACUCAGCCCUCUUCCUCUGCACUCAGCCCUCUUCCUCUGCACUCAGCCCUCUUCCUCUGCACUCAGCCCUCUUCCUCUGCACUCAGCCCUCUUCCUCUGCACUCAGCCCUCUUCCUCUGCACUCAGCCCUCUUCCUCUGCACUCAGCCCUCUUCCUCUGCACUCAGCCCUCUUCCUCUGCACUCAGCCCUCUUCCUCUGCACUCAGCCCUCUUCCUCUGCACUCAGCCCUCUUCCUCUGCACUCAGCCCUCUUCCUCUGCACUCAGCCCUCUUCCUCAGCCCUCUUCCUCAGCCCUCUUCCUCAGCCCUCUUCCUCAGCCCUCUUCCUCAGCCCUCUUCCUCAGCCCUCUUCCUCAGCCCUCUUCCUCAGCCCUCUUCCUCUGCACUCAGCCCUCUUCCUCAGCCCUCUUCCUCUGCACUCAGCCCUCUUCCUCAGCCCUCUUCCUCUGCACUCAGCCCUCUUCCUCAGCCCUCUUCCUCUGCACUCAGCCCUCUUCCUCAGCCCUCUUCCUCUGCACUCAGCCCUCUUCCUCAGCCCUCUUCCUCUGCACUCAGCCCUCUUCCUCAGCCCUCUUCCUCUGCACUCAGCCCUCUUCCUCAGCCCUCUUCCUCUGCACUCAGCCCUCUUCCUCAGCCCUCUUCCUCUGCACUCAGCCCUCUUCCUCAGCCCUCUUCCUCAGCGCUCUUCCUCUGCCCUCUUCCCUCUUCCUCAGCCCUCUUCCUCUGCACUCAGCCCUCUUCCUCAGCCCUCUUCCUCAGCGCUCUUCCUCUGCCCUCUUCCCUCUUCCUCAGCCCUCUUCCUCUGCACUCAGCCCUCUUCCUCAGCCCUCUUCCUCUGCACUCAGCCCUCUUCCUCAGCCCUCUUCCUCUGCACUCAGCCCUCUUCCUCAGCCCUCUUCCUCUGCACUCAGCCCUCUUCCUCAGCCCUCUUCCUCUGCACUCAGCCCUCUUCCUCAGCCCUCUUCCUCAGCGCUCUUCCUCUGCCCUCUUCCCUCUUCCUCAGCCCUCUUCCUCUGCACUCAGCCCUCUUCCUCUGCCCUCUUCCUCUGCCCUCUUCCCUCUUCCUCAGCCCUCUUCCUCUGCACUCAGCCCUCUUCCUCUGCCCUCUUCCUCCGCCCUCUUCCUCUGCGCUCUUCCUCUGCCCUCUUCCUCUGCCCUCUUCCUCUGAGCCUAAUUAG